AUGCGCUUUUUCGUAGGAAUCGUGCUUUUGGUCCUCCUCGCCAACGUGUCAGCAAAGGCUACAAACGUUCAGGAAGGAGUCAAAGUGGAAUUACCAGCUGAUAAGGACGUAAAUAAACCGAAACCGGAUGCAGUUCCGGGCGACAAAACUCAAUUACUGCAAAUAAUACAAGGACUCUCCGUGACAGGAGCCACAGGUCCAACGAUCCCAGAGUUAAUUGAAGCGAUGAAGAAUUUUCAGGCCGCCACUCAAAGCCAGAUUUUGUCCUCCAAACCAGCCAAAGGGAACCAACCGGGCGAAGAGGAGGACAAGAGAAUAUUGGGAGGAGAUCCUCUUCCACUAGGAGAGCACAGUUACAACGUUGCAGUUGUAACUGUUCCACUUAGUGGAAAUACUAUCGUGUGCGGAGGUGCUUUACUGUCGACCGGAUGGGCGCUCACUGCCGCUCAGUGUGUCGCUGGGUCGGCUCUGACUGUGGUGGCUGCCGACGUAUCCAGCGGCGGCGUUGGGCAGGUGACUUUCGGCACUCCCUUCGUUCAUCCCAAAUUCGUCCGCAACUUUUUGUUAAAUGAUAUCGCACUGGUCAGGAUGGCACCAACCAUCAGACUCGGAGCUUUUUCUUCGACCAUCAAGCUGUCGACCGAAAGUGUCAUAAAUAUGGAUGGUGUUCAGCUCAGGACCUUCGGAGCUGGCCUUAAUGACAACACCCAAGAUCCAGACGCGACUGGUUUGCCUUUGCAAUUCGUCGACAUGACGAAUGUGAAAAAGUCCGAGUGUCUGUCACAAACUGCAAGCUUCUUCGUCGCCUACCCAAGGAACACCGGAUGUUUGGGCACCGCAGGUGGAACCAAAGGAUUUUGCUAUAAUGAAGCUGGCUCGCCUGUCGUGCACAUCGAUGAAGCAGAAGGCACGAAUACACUUUACGGAUUGACUUCCCUAACCCUGGGCUGCCCGAGCCAAUAUCCCAGCGCCUACACUCUGGUCCAGCCGUACAUCACCUGGAUCAAAAUGACGACUAAUCUGAAGACAUUAACGUGA